CAAGCACGAGACCCUACUUUAAACCCACUCACUGAAUCUGAAAUUCAUUGAACUAAGCUAUGUCGAAAAAGUUUAGCUGCAUUGUUGCUAUUUGUGAAAAUCGUGGUAUUGGCAUUAACGGAGAUUUACCAUGGAAACUAAAGCAGGAACUAAAAUAUUUUUCACAUACUACGAAGAAAGUUAAUGAUGCUGACAAAAGAAAUGCGGUUAUCAUGGGAAGAAAAACGUACUUCGGGGUCCCAGAAAGCAAACGUCCAUUGCCGGAACGUCUAAAUAUUGUGUUGACGCGAAAUGCGGCUGCCUAUACUUUUCCGCCGGAUGUGUUGGUUUGUGGCAGCCUGCAGGAAGCAUUGCACAAGCUGGAUUCAACUGACCAUGGGGAACACAUAGAGAACAUUUGGGUUGUCGGAGGUAACAGCGUAUAUAAGGAAGCCAUGGAAUCCGAUCGUUGCCAUCGAAUCUAUUUGACGGAAAUCAAAAAGCAAUUCGAUUGUGAUGCAUUCUUCCCAGAAAUACCCAAUUCUUUUAUGGUGAUUGAUAAUGAUCCAGACACUCCAAGUGGUGUGCAAGAAGAAAACGGAAUACAAUAUGUAUACAAGAUAUAUGAGAACAAACAGCAAUAGGUUGGAUAUCAUAGGUCGAAGCAAAACUUACGGUCCUUUAUCAUCUAUUAUCGUUUGGCUUCCUGCAGUAGCUCAUACAGCUGAGCUAUCUGUUCAUCUCGAAAAUGGUUUAAUUGAUUUUCAGUCAAAUCUUCUCCUAUCAUUCCAAUCGGUCCGGGUUUCCCUCGCAAACCCAGUUGCUCAGCAAGAUUUAUCGCAUAUCCCUGUAAGAAUAAGGAAAAUACGACAUUUUAAAUAUGUAAAACUUUCAUGGAAAUAAAACUAUGGGUAAAUAGUAACUUACUGCCCAUUCGCUCAUAAA